AUGGCUGGCGGCGGUAUUCCCAUCGCUACCACCACCCUCGCUGGUGGUUACCUUACAGGAAAGAAGCUCAUCUUCCCCAUCGCCCUCAUCACCUCGCUCUUCUUCCUCUGGGGUUUCUCUUACGGUCUUCUCGAUGUCUUGAACAAGCACUUCCAGAAUGUCCUCGGUAUCACCAAGCUCGAGUCUACUGGUCUUCAGGUCAUGUACUUCGGUGGUGGUUACCUCCUGUACUCACCUGUUGCCGCUGAGGUUUUGAAGCGCUUCGGUUACAAGCCCACCAUCCUCAUGGGUCUCUCUCUCUACUCCCUCGGUGCCAUCAUGUUCUGGCCUACAGCUCACUUCAGUUCUGCUAAGCAUGCUUCUGCAUCCUUCGGUGGCUUCUGUGUUUGCACUCUGGUUAUCGCUUGCGGUCUUGCUACCCUCGAGACUGCUGCCAACUCUUACGCCGUUGUCAUUGGUGACCCCAAGACUGCUUCUCCUCGUCUCCAGUUCUGCCAGGCCUGGAACGGUGUUGCUUCUUUCGUCGGUCCCCUCAUUGCUUCCCACGCCUUCUUCUCCGGCAAGAACGCCAACAACCUCACCAACGUCCAGUUCGUCUACCUUGGUGUUGCUUGCCUCGGUGUCGCUGUUGCCAUCAUCUUCGUCUUCGCCAAGCUUCCUGAGGUCGCUGAGGAGGCCAGACGCAGCAACUCCCUUGUCGAGCCUGAGCACGAUCUUGAGGGCCGUGAGAUUGGUCAAGGCAGCAUCUGGAAGGAGUACAACAUGCUCUGCGGUUUCGUUGCCCAGUUCUGCUACGUCGGUGCUCAGGUCACCAUCGGUGCUUUCUUCAUCAACUACGCUGUCGACGAGGCUGGCUGGUCCGAGAGCCAGGCUUCCAACCUCCUCUCUUACGCUUUGAUUACCUUCACCGUCGGCCGCUUCAUCGCCACUGGUCUUGCCACCUUCCUGUCUUCCAGCUUCAUCAUGGUCUUCUAUUCUAUUGCCACCAUCGUUCUUAACGCGUACGUUUGUGCUGGAAAGGGCAAGGGUUCCAUCGGUGGUGUCAUGGCCAUCUACUUCUUCAUGGCCCCCAUGUACCCCACUAUCUUCACUCUCGGAACUGCCAACCUUGGUGUCCACACCCGCCGCGGUGCCGGUAUCCUUGUCAUGGGUGUCGCUGGUGGUGCCGUCUUCUCCCCCAUCCAGGGUGCCAUUGCCGAUGCUGCCAACACCCGCAUCUCCUUCGUCACCCCUCUGGUUGGCUUCUGCGUUGUCCUUGCCUACGUUGCCUACCACUGGCAGAAGGAUGGCUUUGCUAUCCUCCGCAACAACACCGACGAGGUCGUCGCCGCCGCUGGUGUCGAGGGUGGUGCCGUCAUCGAGAAGCGCUCCAUGUCCGUCACCGAGCAGCACGUCAUUGGCGAGAUCAAGCACUAA